AUAGAGCUGGAGAAAAGCCACUAUUCAGAUCAUGAAAUCCGCAAGCUGGAGGAGGAGGAGCAGCUCAGAAGGAGGAGAGAAAGCACAUAUGAUGAUGAAAUGCCUGGCAAAACGGUCAUUAUGGCUCAGGACCUGGAGGACAAGUGGGAACAGAAGUUACUGCAAUUCAAAGCUGCUCCACGGAUAACAGAUGCUGAUAAAAACAACAAUCGAACGUCGUUGGACAGGAAGCUGGACAGUAACCUGAUGCUUCUGGUGAAACAGAAAAUCGGUAACCAGGAGCUGUGGCUCCUGCCUCAAGCGGAAUGGCAGCCCGGAGAGACGCUGCGAAGCACGGCUGAGCGAGCCAUGGCUACGUUUCUGGGAGAUCACAUUCAAGCCAAAAUCCUGGGGAAUGCGCCAUAUGGGAUUUACAAGUUUAAAUUCCCCAGGGCCAUCAGGACUGAGGAUAAUGUGGGAGCCAAAGUGUUCUUCUUCAAAGCCUUCCUCCAAAGCAGCGAUUUGUCCCAGGCAGAGCUGAAGGAUGAUUACCUGUGGGUCACGAAGGAUGAGCUGGGAGAUUACUUGAAGUCGGAAUACCUGAAAAAAAUCAAUCGAUUCCUUCUGGACUUGUAAGCCAGAGGCUGUGCUCCAGCAGAUGGGGAAGAUGUGGGCUGCGGCUCCAAGGAGGAGCACAGCUGCUGCUUUGCGUGGUCCGUGUGUAUGAGGUGUUAACUUGAGCUCUGGAGGAUAAUUUGCCUUUGCUUUAUUUCCCAGUUCUCUUCACCGGGCCUGUCCUAAAUAAAUAUUAAAACUUACACUAUGAAG